AUGGGACAAACGCCUAGCACCAACCAGACCAUUGACACAAAAAGUGGGCUUCAGACCAGUCUUCCAAAGUCGGAAGUAUACAAUCUAUUUUAUACUAGAUGUUUGCAAGUGUUGAAGCCGCUGGAGCUUGCCUAUGUCAAAUCAAUCAUAGAUGGAGGUGAAAACCAAAACAGGGUCGUAUCGAGAGCUAAAUUCCAAUUCAUAUUGAAUAACGGACGAAGUUCAAACUCAGAAGGAUUGGAGAAAUUAACUACUGUGUUGUUCCCAAUCCUGAAACGAUUAGGCCAAUUCCCUUUCUUGAGAACAGAAGUGAGCACCAGUGAAGACCUAACCCUUCAGGAGUUCGUAAUUUCUCUUAUUUUCAUUCUAGGAAAGCACAACAAGAUAUUGGAUCAAAAUUUCGAUUUUGUGAAGCUUUUGUUCAUAUCAUUGUCGGGUAAAGAUGAACAAGAAAAGCUGGUGGAGGAUAGCCCAAUUGAUAUGCCUUUGAUACAACCUUUUAAAGAGUCUGAUGAAAUUGGUCUCAAAGCGAAAAAGGUUGACUGGAAAAAUGCAACAGUUGUUUCAUCUUUUGAUAGUAUAGCCAUGGAAAGCUUGAUGUCAGAUGCCGAGAGCUUUGUUUCGAUCACUACAUUACUACUCGUUGCUAAUUCGAUCCAAUUACAAAAACAAGAAUUAAUGGAAGGUCAGCUAGCAUCACGACUAACCCAGUGGAAUGAUUUUGAAACGUAUUCAAUAUCACUAUUAAAGUUCAUAAACCCGAAUUUUCUGGUAAGUAAAUUGGUUGGAGAGACAAUUCUGUUCAACGAAUUUGCUCAAGGUGUUGCAGAGAUGCUUCCUACCUUUUAUCAAAACGGGUUGAAAAGAUUGGGAGCUGAAAUCUUUACUUUGAAAGCUACUGAAAAUGGUGAGACCCAUUCAGAGCAACUACCACCACCACCAUCGUCGCCAUCACCUUCACCACUAAAGAAGCAUUCUUUUACAUUUACGCCUACUAAACUUGUAAGCAUAGCCACGCUUUCUUACAUAACAUCUGUGUUGAAAGGAGUUGGAAGCAAUUUGGACUUAACUACUGAAAAUGUUGUAAAGUUGUAUGCUGGGUCCGAGUCUGGCUUCUCCAUUCGUUCUUUAGAGACAAAGAUUUUUAAAUGGCAGGCACCAACAUUGUUGAUAGUUAGUGGGAAAAGAGUGAAACAGAAAACAGUGGAUACGAAUAGACGUUAUCAAAAGUUUGAUGAGAUAUACCCGAAAUACUUUUUAAAGCAGGAGAGUCAUCUACAACCGUGGCAACACGAGAAUGAUCGAUUAACAUAUUGUGUGGUGGUCAGGGAACCUUGGCAAAGCUCGAACAAGAAGAAUUUUGGAGAUGAAUCAACAACUAUCAUUUCUGUUCACCCCCGAGCUGACUGCUACAAGAGCAUACAUAGCGAGGUAAUGAAGGGCAAGCUGAUAUAUUUUAACAACCAGGGGAUGGGCUUAGGAUUUGGAAAUUUACAGCCUUUGAACAAAAAUGGAAAGCAGAAGUACUACCCUGGUGAUGUCUCUUUGACAAUUGAAGCCAACCUCGAGUUUGCGGUAUUUAGGCAUUUGGCUCUUCUGAAGAACAAUGCCACUAAUUUUUUCAAACCGUCGAUCCAGAGUGACCUUGCCACGGAGAACUUUGAGGAUAGAUUUACUAUAACCGAUCUUGAAGUUUGGGGUAUCGGUUCAAUGAAAGAGUUGGAUGAACAGAGACAGCAAUGGGAAUGGGAAGAGAAACAAGCAAAUGCUAGACAAAGUGUGAAUGUACGAAGUAUGGGUGAAGAAAGAGCCUUUUUAGAAAUGGCAGGUUUGGUUGGUAAUCAUGGUAGCUUUGGAUCUGGGUGA